UGGACAGUGGACACACGUAGACGAUGACGCUAUGGUGUAUCAUCGCUGACAUGCUCUCUGCUUUUUCUGCCUUGAAAAGGCGACCAGUUUCCGCCAUUCUAAGAUGAUUUUGUUCAAAUUUUAGUUUCUUCCUUCUUCUAAUCUCUCUAUCUCUUUUGAUCCCUCUUUGCACACACUUCAAGUCAUGGAGGCUGACGGUUUUUCAACGACAACAGCGGAGGCCACGCAACUGGUGAGGCUUCGCUGCUCAGUUAAGAACUACGAUUGGGGUCAAAUCGGACGGGAAUCCUGCGUGGCGCGGCUCUACUCUCGCAACACUGGGGAGGAGGUCCGGGAGGACAUUCCGUAUGCUGAGUUGUGGAUGGGGACGCACGACUCCGGUCCUGCUUAUGUGGUUGCAGCCGCUGACAGUGGACGUAACAAUGGCGGUGUGAAAGAGGAGAAGUUCUCGUUGACUCUGAAGGACUGGAUUCAACGGAACCCUACUCUUGCCGGCGAGAAGGUGGUUCAGACUUGGGGUCCUGAUCUUCCGUUUCUUUUCAAGGUGCUUUCUGUUGCGAAAGCUUUGUCGAUUCAGGCUCAUCCUGAUAAAGAUUUGGCUGCUCGGUUGCACAAGGAGCAGCCGGAGGUGUAUAAGGAUGCUAAUCACAAGCCCGAGAUGGCUUUGGCACUCACAGAAUUUGAAGCUUUAUGUGGGUUCGUUAGCUUUGAGGAGCUCAAACUUGUAGUCCAAACUGUACCUGAGAUUGGGGAAAUUGUUGGGAGUGGGCAUGUAGAGGAGGUGCUACAUGAAAGUGCACACGAAGUGGGUGAGAGAGCAAAACCAAUUCUUCAGUCAUUAUUUACAACUCUUAUGUCAGCUAGCAGUGAUGUCAUUUCGCAAGCUCUAACCAAACUCAUAAGCCGGUUGAAUGUUAAAAAUGAGGAAAGAGAGCUAACUGACAAAGAACAGCUAAUCUUGAGACUUGAAAAGCAAUAUCCAAGUGAUGUUGGAGUUAUAGCAGCGUUCUUGUUUAAUCAUGUGAAACUUAGUCCUGGUGAAGCUUUGUAUUUGGGUGCAAAUGAGCCUCAUGCAUACCUGUUUGGUGAGUGCAUUGAAUGUAUGGCAACUUCCGACAACGUUGUGCGUGCUGGCCUCACACCAAAGGACCGUGAUGUCAAGACCCUUUGUGCCAUGCUCACAUACAAUCAGGUGUUCCCAAAAAUCCUAAAAGGAGAUGCUUUGAGUCAUUAUACAAAGAGAUACAGCCCUCCCUUUGAUGAGUUUGAGGUAGACCACUGCAUUCUCCCUCGACUAGUAACCACAGUUUUCCCGGCAGCUCCUGGCCCGUCUAUUUUUCUGGUUUUUGCUGGAGAAGGAACAAUGACCACAAGGUCAUCCAACGAGGCAAUCGCAGAAGGAGAUGUUCUGUUUGCCCCUGCAAACACAAAUGUCACUGUCUCAACCACCACUACUGGUCUAAGUGUGUUUAGAGCUGGAGUGAAGUCAUCUUUCUAAAUACAAGAAUGAUAAAAGUCGUGUGAAAAAUAGUCCUUGUUUAUACUACAUGUUAUCAGUGUGAGGGUUUGUUUGUAAUAUAUUUAUGCAGUGAUGAGGAAUAACAUACAUACCCCACUUUUGUAUAGUGUCAUUAUAAUGAUAGUGAUGUAGUAAUAUACAAGAACAAUAGCAAGGUGGAACUACGAAUUUCCUUUUGCCGAAAAAAAGAUAGUAGGAAUGUAGGAUACGGAUGUCUUUCAAAGCGAAAGCAUUACAUAUCAUAGGCGGGAUUACUAGAAGAAAUCUAUACAUUAUCGUAUAUAUUAAGUGAGUUAAGUGAUGUUCCCGCUCAUGCGCAGGGACACUGUUGUAACUUGUAACUACGUCUAAUUUUUACUAAUCGUCGCUCGAAUGCCUGGG